GUAUUAGAUUUAGAGUGUAGAUUUAGAUUUAGUGUUUGAGGUUUAGAUUUUAAAUUUGAGAUUAUAUUUUUUAAUUGAUUAAAAUUUGAGUUUAAGUUUAAGAUUGAAGUUAUAUUAUGAAAAGAUUGAAAUUUUAAAGUUUUAUGUUUAGGGUUUAUGGUUUACGGUGUUUUAUUUUUUAUUUUUAAAAAUUACAAAUAAAAAAAAUACAAAUAAACAAAAAAUAUUUUUAUAAAAUGAAAUUUGUUAAAAUUACAACCGGUUAUAAUAUUGUGAAAAAUAAAAAUGUUCUUAACUAAAAUUAGGAUUCUGGAAUAUGAUUAGGUUAUAUGAUUAUGGUAAAAUUUAAAGUAUAUGGUUUGAGAGUAAAGUAUGUUUCUAAUUAUAAUUUUGGAUUUUCAUAAAAAUAUAAAUAUGUUUUAAAUUUUGGAUUUUAAUUAUAUUUUUGGGCAUUCAAAUACAUUUCGGUAAUUUUAGAUAUUUAAUUGCCAAAAUAUAUCAUAGAAAACAAAAUCAGGUAUCAAUCUAGAACCGGUCUGCAACCAAACCGAAACACUCACUCAAACCCAAUAUUCAGAACAAUCUGAUCGCAAAAACAGAUGAAAGAAGAAUUAUGUUAUACAAAUGAAAAGGCAUGUAUUGGUUCAAGGUUUCAAGAUCACAAGCGUUUUGCAAGUAAACAAGCUGUUGGGAACCAUUAUGUUUCAAAGUCAGGUACCUUUACACAUUGGGUUGAAGGGUUCGUUACAGCAAAUCAUCUUACUUCCGUCUUCAGCUCUGCAACAUAAAAUGCCAUUCGAGGUUUUAUACAACAGGAAGUCAGAUUAUUCUUACUUGCGAGUCUUUGUCAAUGCUUGUUGUCCAUGCCUAAGACCAUAUUCAGCUCAUAAGUUUGAACCAAGAUCACUUCAAUGUAUUUUUCUUGGUUACAACGCGGACUAUAAAGGGUAUAGGUGUUUAUAUCCACCAACAGGACGUGUCUAUAUUAGCAGACAUAUAAUCUUCGAUGAUGAAUUGUUUCCUUUAACUGGGCAGUUUAAGCAUCUGAUUACGAAGUAUCCUACUGUGUUACUACAAGCUUGGCAACAGGCCUCAGUCAUUAAGCCUAAAGACAGUCAAAUUGUCAAGAAUCUGGUGGUACUUCCUUCUCCAACACAUGAUAUCAUUCCUCAGGAUAAUCCUAUGUCUGAAGCAAAUGUUCCACCACCACCCUCACCAGCUCACAAUGAUUAGCAAGAAAUUUAUAAUAAUGAAGCAGAAGUGAUAGCUAAAGAAGUGCCUAACAUCCACCCAAUGGCUACUCGUGCUAAAUCAGGCAUCACUAAGCCUAAUCCGAGGUAUUUUCUUCUCACAAUUCCUGACUACCCUACUGAACAAAAUUCUGUUGUAGCUGCGCUUAAAAAUCGAAGAUGGACGAAGUCUAUGACGGUUGAGAUGGAUAAUCAUUAUGAGAAUCACACAUUUCAUCUUGUUCCAUAUUAGCCGUCUAUGCAUGUUUUGGGGAGCAGAUGGGUAUAUAAUCAAACUUUACGCAGAUGGAACCAUUGAUCAAUUUAAAAGCAGAAUGGUUGUCAAAGGAAAUGAUCAAAAGGACGGCAUUGAUUAUCUCGAGACUUUCAGUCCAGUUGUUAGAACAACUACAAACAAUGUGGUUCUUGGAGUUGCAACAGCUAAAAGUUGGUCAAUUACACAGCUUGAUAUUGGAGUGUCUUUCUUCACAGAGACUUACAUGAAGACAUAUACAUGAAACAACCAGCAGACUUUGUGGAUCCUGCAAAACCGACUCAUGUAUGCAAACUAGAUAAAGCUAUAUAUGGUUUAAAGCAGGCACCACGGGCAUGGUUUGAUAAGUUCAGUACGUUUCUCCUGGAGUAUGGUUUCUCGUGUAUCAAAGUUUAUCCUUCUAUGUUUGUGUAUCAUCCUCAAGGGAAAACAAUGGUUCUUUUGCUGUAUGUUGACGAUAUAAUAUUGACAGGAAGUGAUCCGGAGCAGUGCAAGCAUUUGAUGGCAGCUCUCAGUUCUCAGUUUUCUAUGAAGGAUCUUGGCCAUCCACAUUACUUUCUUGGGAUUCAGGUUGAUACAACUGAGAAUGGUUUGUUUCUCAGUCAGAAGAAAUAUACUGAGGAUAUACUGCACACUGCAGGGAUCUAUGACUACAAUCCAAUGCCAACACCGGUACCUCUGCAUAUGUUUCCAAACAAUGCAACAGCUAUGAAACUGUUUCCUCAACCCUCUUAUUUUUGAAGUCUUUCUGGAAAGUUGCAAUAUCUAACGUUGACAAGACCAUAUAUACAAUUUGCAGUCACCUUCAUAUGUCAGAGAAUGCAUCAACCGACUCAAUCAGACUUCAAUUUCUGAAGCGAAUUCUUACGUAUCUUGAUGGUACAUUGUCUUAUGGAGUUCAUAGCAACAAGAGACAGUCGACAGUGUCCAGGUCCUCUACUGAGGCUGAGUACAGAGCAUUAGGAGAAACAAGUGCAGCACUUACAUGGUUAGCUUUGCUAUUGAAAGACUUAGGCAUUCCUCAAGAUGAUCAGGCGCUGCUGAAUUGUGAUAACCUAUCAGCAGUUCACCUAACCACAAAUCCAGCCUUUUAUGCUCACUCUAAACACUUUGAAACCAACUGGCACUACACUAGAGAAAGAGUGGCUCUAAGCUUAAUUGAAACGAGGCAUAUUCCAGCCAUUCAGGAAAUAACUGACAUUAUUACAAAGUUCCUUUCGCGUGCAUUGUUUGAAAGAUUGAGGGACAAACUUGGAGUUGGUUUUCCAACCAUCUCAAGUUUGUAUUUUAUUGUAAAUUAUUCUUUUACAAGUUCAAAACACUGAAUAUACCAAUAUAAAGUUUUAACUUCUAUUCACAAAUUUAAGAUCAAUAUUUUAAACUUAUUCACAAAUUUAAGAUCUAAAUUUUAAACUUAUGCCACUAGAAUAAAAUUAAAAAUGACAUUUAGUAAAAAAACUUAUCUAAAUUUUAAAUAUCUAAAUAGAAAACAAUAAUAUACAUGGUACGGGUCAGAAUUUUUCUUGAUCCGUAAAUUUAACAUGUUUCAUAAAAGUAACUAAAGUCAAUUAUAUAUACAUAAAUCCAAACACAUAUUGUGUAAAAACUUACAAAUAUAUAAAUUAUAAAUAAAAUUUCAUUUUCUGUUAUAUAAAAGUUUUUUUCAAAUAAAAACAAAAAUCUCGUCUUUUGAAAAGAGAAAUUUGCCCCAAUAACCAUAAAAGAAAAACUCACUAUUUAACCAAAAACACAUCUCUCUUUUUAUUUCUCUUCCUAUCUCUCUCAAACCUCUUACUAAAAAUCAAAUUAUUUUUUAUGUUUGGUUAUUUGGCAAAUAAGUUCUUUUGAAAAUGCAGAUUAGAAUUUAGGUUGUAUAAAACACCGAAACCCCUCCCCCAAUUUUUUUUUAAGUGACUAAACUCACCAAGAUACAAAGUACAAAUGUACACAAACACAACUGUAUGCAUGCAAGUUAGCACACAUAUAUAUAUAUAUAUAUAUAUACACAUAUAUAUAUCAUACAUUUAUAAUUGCUCCUUCGUUUAUCCACUUGAUGAAGUUUCAACUUCUUUAAGUCAACGAGACCCAAUGCAAUAAUGCAAUGAUUAACAAUAUUAGAGAUGAUAGUGACCAUCCAACACUUUGACCACGACACUGCUGACAUGUAACACCACGUCGCUAUAUGCCAUUCCACCAACCUCGAGGGAUUCAAAUUAAUGAUCUUCAUUAUCAAGAGAUAUAUUUCUCUCUUCAUUAUCAAGAGAUAUAUUUCUCUCUUUAUCAAAAUCUCUCUUCCUGGAUAACAAACAAGAAGAAUCAAGAAAUGGCGGAGUGGAUACCUGCAAUUGUAGCGACGGUGUUGUUCGUGGUUCUGACGCCGGGGUUGCUGUUUCAGGUUCCCGGCAACAAUAACUUUGUAGACUUUGGGAAAAUGGAGACGAGCGGAUACUCAAUCCUUCUUCACUCCUUCAUUUACUUCGGCCUCGUCACUGUCUUCACCGUCGUCAUUCACUUUCCUGGCACUUAAAUUCUAUACACUAUAUAUAUAUACGUACACAUGUUUCUUGUAAUUUUUUUUAUCUAUGCUUUGAAUUUGUCUUUCAUAUUUUAUAUGUUCAUCUGUACUACGGUUGUGUACUUCGAUAAUGAUUUCUAAGGUAAUUCACAUAAGAUGAACCAAAAACAAGAACGGAAACUAGUAUUGUAAAGUUUAUUGAAAUUUGUAAUGAAUAAGAUGCAUGUUUUGAAAAAAAAAUUCCAAUGUAAAAGUGGAGAGUUGACCAAUUAUAUGUUUUAAAUAGGAUAUUGGUAAACUAGAGAGUACAUAAAUAAUUUAAAUGCUAUAAGUGUAUAGCCGAAAAAGACAGGCCAACAAAUAUAGGAAUCUAUAAUGAACCUCUUGUAUCAUUUCAAUUUCAUCAUCUUUUAUAUCAAGAUAUGUUUUAGCAACAAAAAAAAAAGUUAGUGAUUGAUAGGUAUUUUUUUUGUUAGGGAUUAAAAGUAACUUCAACCAUGACACCAAUUUGGUGCUGAAAUAAUGAAGAACGGAGCACAAGAAUGAAUUUUCUAAAUAAUACUUUAUUGACACAUUUCGGCUACCAAUUACAGAGAGCUAACAUUGCUUUAUAUACAAGAAGACUCAACUAUUGAAACCCAACACGUGGCUAUCUUAUCCUCGUUUCACACCAUCAGCAAGCUGUCAAAUCGAAUCUGCAGUACAAGAGAUGUUGUCUUUUGUGCCAGCUCCGCGGUACAAGUCUUGUGACUGUUCCACAGAUGCUGAAUGGCUGAACUAGUGUUGGGCUUGGAUAGUGUUUGAGUGUCUUUGGGCCCUACUACAUUUCGGCCUUCUAUUUUGCCUCUGUUUUUUUUGCAACAGAGUCUUAGCUUCUUUACCUCCUCUCCUUUGCGAAUAGACUCAGUGGAUAACCCAUCUUAUGUGUGGACGAGUAUUAUAGCGGCAAAGAAGUUAUUAUUUUUGGGUAUUAGAAACAAAGUGCAUUCAAGAUAUGAAAUUAUUGUGUGGAAGGAUCCAUAGAUUCCCUUAAUGACAGGUAGAGAUGUCAAUUGGGCUCUCCCAUCCCGUCCUGUCCCGGACCGCUGCGGGUUUGUCUUCGGGCGGGACACGGCGAGCCUGUCCCGUACGGGAUGCGGUCCUGAAAAUAGCUGCCCAAUCCCGUACCACAUUCUUUGCAGGCCUUCACGGACCAUCUCGCGGGAUAUCGGAUAUUACACUGUCUACUUCUUCCUGCACGAACAAACAUAAACAAGAAUGAGUUUCUGCAGGAACAAAGACCAAACUAGAAUGACUUGAUCAUAGCGAAGUCUAUUUCAUUCACUUAAGACAAUUUGUUUUAUUUGUGUGUACGUAUAUGUAUACCAUGAAGCACAAUACUAUUGAAGGGCUAUUUUAAUUAUCAAGCACAAUGUACGUAACGUGUCUAGGAUAAUUUAAUUAUCAAGCACAAUACCAUGUAGAAACAAUACGUGUACGUGUAGCUAUGGAGAUUAGUUUUUCAGCUGAUAUGCAUCAUUGUUAUAUGCAUAUAUAGAUUAGUUGACAGGGCUGUAACUACAUAUAGCUUACUCUUUUUGCUGACUUGAUAAUAGCAAAAUCUCUUUCAUGUUAUCUUAACCAAAACAUCAAUGUAAUAAAGCAAAAUACAAGAAAUCUCACAUUGUAGUAAAGCAAUUCAUAAUACUGAAAACAAAACCAAUCAACUUAAACAAGAAAUUUCACAUUGUAAUAAAAAAAAACACCAAAUCCAUAUAAAGCAAAACACCAAAUCAAACUUGAUCAUCUUCAUUUUCCCCAUUAACGAUGGACUCAAAUGACGGUAAUUUAUCUUCUUCACCAUCACCAUCGAUUUUUUCAUCUGCAAAUAUCAGAAACUUCCUUUACUUAGGAUAAAGUAUAAUGGUAAUUUAAAAAAAAAAUAUAAUGUGAGUUAUUUACCAUGUGCAUAAGAUUUGUAUCUCUUAAUCCAAUUCCUAGUUCAUAUCAGAGCUUGCACAUUUUUUGGGAGUAGACGACUCCUAUAUUUAUAUAGAACUCGCGAUCCAAUACUGAAGGAUGACUCCGAAGCCACUGUUGUGAUCGGAAUACUUAGCAGAUCACAUGCCAUUGCAGCCAAGUCACCAUACCGAUGCACAUUAUCUUUCCACCAAUCGAGGAUGUCCAAGCUCUAGAAAUUAGUAAUGUCCAAAGGUGGUUCUUCAAGAUAAGCUUCUAGAGGUGUCUUUCCACUCACAAUGCCACUGGUUUUGCGAAAUGCAAAGAAAUCCUAAGAAAGUAUUAAGAAGAAAAAAUAUUAAAGAGGAAAAAAAAAUCAGAAGAUAAAAAAUUGAAAAACACUGACAUUGUAGUUCACAAACAGUCUCAUUGACCCUGUCGCACAUGCUUUUUGCGAAGCAGUCUCAUGUGGCUCAGUGGAAGGUGAGUUAUUCUUUGAUUUUUGUCGUAUGACUCAAACAGAAUACUCAGCUUGUCACGCAGAUUCUUCACAUUUGCAUCACGGGUACUCAUGUCAAGCUUCCCUAAACAACAUUCGACAAUUAAAAGCUUAAACCGUGGAUCGAAGACUGCUGCCAUCACAAAAAUACCACUAACUUUAUCCCAAUAUUUGUCGAACUUUUCUUUCAUCGGUGGCACCAUGUAUCUGACAAUCUCAUCUUCGCUUUCCUCAUUUCUCCGAAGCCAAUCAUGGAUCAUCCAAACCUGAUAGAAAUACAAGUUUGCAGUCGGGUAAUUCGAACCAGACAUCAAGCUUGUGGUCACUGCAAAAUGACUCAAAAAUCGCAAAUAUUGGCUGCUCUGGUCCAUUCCUCAGCUGUGGGCGCCGUUUUAUAACCCUUCUUAUCAAAUGCCUCCAACUUAACAAAUACUUUACGGUACUUGCUGGCUCUUUCAAGCAUAUAGUAAGUUAAGUUCCAUCUUGUCGGCACGUCCAGUAUUAGCCAUCCACCUUCUACUACACCCGCAGCAUCCACACUUUUCUGGAACAGCUGUUCACGCAUUUCCGAUCCUAAUACAUACUUAACACUGUCUCUUACUUUCUGCAAAGAGUCUCCAAUAACCUUCAACCCAUCUUGCACAAUGAGGUUAAGUAUGUGAGCUGCACAUCUGACAUGAAAAAACUCUUCUCCACACAACAAAUCAUCACUCAAAUUCAGCUGCGAUUUCACAAUUUCCUGCAUCGAGUCAUUACUUGUAGCAUUAUCUAAUGUGACCGAGAACACCUUUUUUCAAUUUCCCACUCUUUCAGUGAUUCAAGGCGCUGAACCGCAACAUUUAUACCGGUAUGUGUUGGUGGUAGAGCACAUAACGUCAGGAUCUUGCUGUUCAACUUACAAUUCUGGUCAAUGUAAUGUGCUGUCACACACAUGUAUCCUUCUCGUUUUACUGAUGUCCACAAGUCAGAUGUGAAGGACACUCGUGCAGGAAGACGUCCUAAUUUCCUCUUGCGUGUGUCUCUCUAACUUUCAUGUAAUCGAUACAGAUCUGCUCUCGUUGUGUUUUGACAAAUGGUUUGGACAUCAGCAUUCAAAUACGCCCAUGUGUCUCUAACUUUUUGAUACUCCAGGUACGCGUAAGGUAGAUCAUGCUGGACUAUUGUCUUUGCUACCAUCUGCCUAAAUACAGUAUGAUAAUACUUGCGAGAUACUACUCUCCCCUUGGUAUUGAGUUGUUGCUGCCUUCCAGUAUUCCUUGGAUACAUUUUACCAUGCAUACUCAUUCUUGCAAUGAUUGCACACAGCUUUCAAAUCUCCAUUGGGUUUUCAACCACCGUAAAAUCCUUCCACAAGUCUGAUCUUUGCCUAUUCUCCAUAUCCUCCAAACCGUUUUCAGCCUUGUCCAACUCAUCUUCUUCUAGUUCAUCGUCAAAAUCCGGUAUCUCCUUAAUCUUUUUCUUAUUCUUCUGCGAUUGAGUAGAUGCGGCAGGCUUCUGAGACUGGCAAGACUCGACCCUCUUCUUUUGGGAGUCAGGCACUGGCAUUCUUCUCCACCACGAAUCACAGAUUCCAUAGGCACAUACUUCUCCUUACUACAAGCCUGUGCGGACGAUCCAAUGCCUCCAUCUAAAGUGGAUUGGAACAUGUGUUUUCUAGAAGCUGUUCUAUAACUGGUGUUUUUGUGAGGUUUGGUUGUUUGGAUUGGUGGAGUGAUUUCAACAUCAGAAUCGUCAGUAUCAUCGGUAAGACUGAUAAGCUUUCUUUCAUUCCUUGCUUCUUUCUAGCAAUACCACUUUCACUACCUUCAUCGAUCUGAUCAGCGACCUUCUCUGCUGCAGUAAGACUAGCUAAGAGUUGAUGAGUUUCCAAGUCCACAAUAUUUGGUGGGGAAUACUCCGGAUCAAACGUGAACUGCUCAUCUGACUCGCCUCUUGAUCCCAUAUCUGUCUCACCUCUUGAUCCCACUGGUCUCUCACGUUUUUUUCUGAGGUAGUUUGAUGUUUCAAUAACUCUAAGUUUUUACGGCUUUGUGACCUAACUCCUAAGAUAUGCGAGUGGUAGGAUUUUUAAAAUUUGUUAAUAUUUUUAAUAAAACUUUAGACAAAAAUCUACUUAAACUUCAAAACGCCAAGGAAAAAAAUUCUCAAACGACAUACAUGCAUAAACAUUCUCCACACGUGAAUAUUUGGAUUGUAUUGGGGAGGGGGGGCUCUCUCGAGGUUUUCUAAGCUUCAGAUCGCUACCGUGAUAUCAAUGCACACUUUUACUUUGGUCUGACCUUCGAUUCUGUUGGGGGCAUCGUGUUUUGGUCCCCUUGAAAUCAUGUCGACUCUUUUCUUUGGUGCUGGAGGUGUAGAGCUUGGUGAUUCAAGCUCGGUUUCUCUAUUUCUUUUAUUUGAAAAGCCUUUAGUUUUCUGGUUGGCCUUUGGAGUUGUUGGCGCUUAUUCUUCUUUGAUAUCUUUGCUAGUUUCUUUAUUUUUGCUUUGACUGCGAAGUGCUGCUCGACAUUCCUCGGUCGAAGGACCCUUCCGAUUAUGGAAAGCACAAAAUUUGUUGAGAUCAUACAUCGAUGAUUUGUUUUGCGGCGAGUUGUUCAUCGCAUAGGAGUUCUGUAUUUUAGUAGCUGGUUCUUAGGGACAUUAGUCUUUUUGGCGGCGUUACUUUUGUUCCUGCUGUACUGUUCUUUUAAAGCGGCUACCUCUUCUUCAUGGGUCUCGAAGUAGGAGGCUCAGUAUAAGACAUCGUCCAACGAAAUGGGUGCUCGGACAUUUCUUCUCUGAAUUUGGAUGAGAACUAGAUGUCGUUCUUUAGUGCUGCCAAGGCCACGUCUUCUUUCGGAUGCAAAAUCUUGGUUUUGAUUUCUCUGAACUUGUUUAUGUACACUCUCAACGGUUCGAAGGGUGCUUGCUUGAGAUUCCAGAGAUCUGCCUCGGUAACCCUUGUUUCUAUUAAAACUGAAUAUUGUUUAAAGAACGUUCACACUAGCUGGGUGAAGUUGUCGAUUGAGUUUUCCUCCAGGCCCGCGAACCACUCAAGGGCGGCCUCGGUGUAAGAUUUUCAGCGAAGAAGCGACAGUAACCAGCCUCUUUUUCGUCAUCGUUGAGGUGCGCUCUCGAAAUUGCUAGUCGAAAGGCUCGUACAUGAGCUUUGGGGUAUGUGUUUCCAAAAUACUCGAGCAAUUUAAAUUUUCCCCUGUGGUGUAAUCUUACGCUGGCGAUUCGAUUUGUGAAAGGAGUCCUUCUGGUCUCUUCGAUAACCAUAUCUAUGUCGGGUGCUUAGCUCGUCGACAUAUGCACGAUGGCGUGUAUCCUUUUGAGCUCAGCGUCGUUUCUUUCGAUGUAAUUCUGGAAUGUUCCAGUUUCAUUCGGGAUCCUGUGGUCUUCUCUUAUAGGAUCUAUAUCGAUGGGUCCGCGGGGCCGUAUCCUCGGGCUUGUCCUAUGGGAUCAACGAAUCCAGUUUGCUGGAAAGUUCCCGUAACGGGUGGAACUCGGUUUUCGGAGGUUGGAUGGCCCAGCGGUGGAGUUCACGUUCUUGGCUCCCCAGGUCUUUUUGUGUACCUGUUUUGCUGUUGGAUCGGCUUAGUCCAUGGACCUUGUAGACCAAAAAUUGAAAAAUGAAUAGUAAAAUUAUUUGUUUAUAAUUUGCAGAUCAAACUGAUGAUUCAACAUUGAAAAUAAGAAGUUUAAAAGUCUUUUUAGAAAGAAAAAAAUAGUGUGAGUCUUAAAAAUGGAAACAUUAGACAAACUUUUUUAGUUUUAUGGAUUUUUAUUUCAUCUAGUUUUUUUUGUUUUGGAUCAUUAUGUUGAUAUAUUAUUUGACCCUUUAGUUAUUAUGGUCAACGGGCGAGCAGUGAUUCAUUUAAAAAUAUUUAUAUUAUAGGAUAUGUAUUUAGAUUUUUAUUUAUAUUUGGAAGCCUGAAAAAAUAGGGACAAUGUAAAUGUUUCAAUGGGCUUGGCAAGGAUUGGUUCUGGCGACAGAAAGGAAACAAACUACCGAGGUGAGCGAGAGCAGCGAGCAAAAGAAAAGGCGAUGCCGAUGAGGGACAGGUGUCGAGAAACGGAGUUUACAUGUUCUUGAGGAUUCUUGUUUCCCUGAAUAUGUGUACAUGUUCCUGUUCCACACUAUGGUCGAAUCUCCUUAGCUAUAUACUUCAAACACUCCACGACUUCAGGUUCUUAUGCUUAACCAAAAUUUUGGGUUCCGUAUAGUGCGUACCUAGUGGAUCCUUUGAACCAACCAUGCUAUAUUCCUUAAUUUUUACUGUCCCAUCUAGAGAUCUUCGAGUGGAGACAUUACAAAGGGAUGAAAGAAGAAAAGAAAGUGGCAAAUCAUUAUAAAAAAAGUUUUUUAAGUUUUAUGAGAAGUACGUCAGCUUGUCUUUGAAUAACAUUUCUUCCCUUCGUUUUCUUUCGGAAAAACGACAUAUUUCCACACCAGAAGUAUCAUAUAGUAACAGUUACACACGAUUUUUCAACCUCGUCUUAAUUGCAUACAUGAAAACUUAUCAAACUGAUUUCCCCCCGAUUUGAAAGAUCGAAACCCGACUCCACAUAAAACAUUUCGUCGGAACCAAAACCUACACCUAGCCGAUUUAAAUCGAUUUACUAUUUAUCUAUUUGUAAUCUAAUUAAUAGAUAACCUAACUAAACCAAAAAUGACGCAAUUAAAAGUGCUAAACCAAAAUAUAUAUAUAACCUGAUUUACUAACCGAGGUUUACCCAGAAAACUGAAGUCACAUAAUGUUGAGGAAGAAGAAGAAGAAUUCGAACAACAGCACAAGAAAGAGAAAACCCAGAAAAAAGUUCUGAGCUUUUUGUUUCCCCCAAAUCAUUCUUCUGUUUUAUUGGAAAGACAAAAAUUAUGUAUGUGGCUGUGAAUCUUGUCUUCCUCCUUUUGAACAAUAUGAAAUCUGCAAAGCUCUACACAUUGUCUGAUGCCAUUGUUGAAUCUGACGAAUACCCUUCUCUUUCUUUCCUUAGAGAUUGCUUGUUCUAACAGAGCUAGAGGUCCUCAUAGCCUCUUUUGUGUGUGUGUGUAAAUAUUGGGAGGUUCUCGUGGACAAGGAGACGCCAAGGGAGAAGACGCCAUCGUCGUUCGGAAGCCUCUCGGAUCAUCAAUUUUAAAAUGGCUUACUCUAUUCUCUCAAUUUUAAAAUGGCUUACUCUGUUCUCUAAACAAGGUUACUAUCCACACUCACUUGAUUCUAGUUGAGGAUUUGUCUUACAAUGAAACGCCUUCUAUGAAAGAUGGAUGUGAGAGGGUGAAAGCGCGUGGAGCUAGAGUGAUGAGUGUUCUUUGUUGUUGCAAGCGAUGGGAUUAUCGAGUUUCUUCCAAGCCAAGCUGUUGUUGGUAUAGUAAUUUAUGAAGAAAACAUAAAAAUUUGGAAAAUCUUUCAUGUGUUUUCAACUAUUGUAUGUGUUCUGUUUGUUUGCAGGUGGGGAGAUACACAGAUCCGCGAGAUGGCUUCAAAACCGGGUGAACAAAGUCGGAUCUCUCUGGUCGAAUUCACUACAAGAAAUAUCGGUAUUAAUAGCACCCGGAAAACGCUAUCAUAUCGUUUUCAUAGCGUUUCGAAGAACGCCGUGAUAGCCGCAGCUAUAAUAGACCCCCCCCCUAGCGUAGCGUUUUUAGCGUGCUGUAACAAUAUACAGAUAUUAUAGCGUUGGUCCUGUGUUAUAUUAUACCUAUUUAUAGCGAUCUCUUUUCGCUAUUUAAACAUUUUAUGUGGCACUUUUCGUAUAUUAUACCUUCAGCAACCUCACUUAAGUCACCAUGCCUAAGAAACUCUUCAUCAUCAAAGGCAGCUGCUUGGUAUAACCCUAAAAUCUCAUUCCUCUUCUCACUUCCAUUGCUUCUACUGUCAGUCCCUGACAUUACUUCUCCAUGGUGAUACCAAUCCUCCCUCAUCUUGUAACUCAAAUCCAUUCCUCUUGUUACUAGAUGAUCCACAAUAACACUGGCUGAGUGACGAGCUACGUUGCGACAAUCAAUACAUGGGCAAAUGAUCAACUCAGACUCUCGCAAAUCUGCACCAACACACCUCACAAAUUCCCACGCACCACUCUCAUAACCAGGAUCAGCUCUUCGGUUUAGACACAUGAAAGCAUAAUUUCAACACUCUUAAUCACACACAAAAAUUCAGUUCCUAUAAUAUAUAUUGUUUUUCCUUACCUGUUUAGAUGAACCCAUGACUUUUCGACCAUUUUAUGUUCUAAGUUUCUAACCGAUAGACCAACAAAAUCAAACAAAGCCAUAAGAUUAUGUCAAACAUACACCAAACAGACACAAUGACAUUCACAGAGGAACACAUAAACAAUCAACGAUUCAAUCAGAUACUAUAACUCAGUCAUUCAAAAAGAUCAACAAGAAACGACUUCUAUUUGGCUGAAAAAGAAUCACCUGAUCAAUAAGAUCCUUCGGAUUUCAACUCCACUAGCUUCACUCGAGAAAGGAACAAUGAAAACCUAAAACCUGCAAAGCAAAAGAGAAGAGAAAGGAACACUCAAAGCUUCAGUCGAGAAAGGAACAAUCGUGUUCGCCCAUGACGAUAUCAAAUGCAAAACGGAAUUGAUUACCACCUGACUUCUCGUGAUUCUGUAACCUGACUUAUCUCCUCCUAAUCUUCGGUGAAAUCGAAAUUGUAAAAGCUGAAACAAAUCAAAGGAAUUCAUCUGAGAAAUCAGAUAAAUCAAAGGAAUUACAGACAAAAUCGAAUAUGGGUUCACCGGGAAUCUGACCGCCGGCGAAAACAACACCGUUCAGACACGAAGAUCGAUCAAAAAUCGGAGAGAUUGGGCUUCCCAAUCAUUUUUUUUUCUUCGAUGGUUUCUAUGUGAAGAGUGAAGGAGAGGCGGAAAAGGUUAAAACUAAACCCAAGUCUUUUGCAUCGCGACAACACUUUACUGUAUUUUUUAUUAAUUUUUUUCCUGUAUUAAAUUUAUCGCUAGCGAGGAACUAACGCUGUGAAAAAGAUGGGUAUCGGAUUACACCAUUUUUGGUAGCAGUUUGAGAAUUCGUGCUACCGUGAACUGCUACCAAUAGCCAUAUUUCUUGUAGUGAUUGUAUUUUGUCUUUUGGUUCGAUUUACCUGUUACAAACCAAUAAAUCAAUGAAUAACCGAAGCUAUGUGGAUUCGGGUUUGGAUCAUUUGAAUCGGGGGGAAAUAGGUUUGAUAAGUUUUCAUAUGUGCAAUUGAGACGACGUUGAAAGAUCGUGUGUAACAAUUACUAUAUGAUACUUCUGGUGUGGAAAUAGGUUGUUUGCCAUUUUCUUUCAGUAAUAGUUUUAAGUUUUGAUAUCCUCUGCGUUUCUUGAAUUCUUGUGGUGGGUUUUAUAUCAAUUUGUUAGGUUUACUUUCUAUGUUUUUACACAAAGCUUGAGUUAAUCAUACUGAUUAUGAUAGUGCCUUCUAUUUAAUUUUGGAAAACAGAUCCGAUUGUUUCAUCUAGUAAUACACGAUAUGUUAGAAUGAUAUAAACCCAAAAUAUUCGUGUAUGUGUUCAUUGAAGUUUCUUUCAGGGAAUCAGUGAACCGGAUCUGUAGAUAUAUACUCUCUCCGUUUCAGAAUAAUACAUGUUUUAAGAUUUUCACGCUUACUAAUAAACACAAUAAAAACUUAGUUAUUAAUGCAUAAUUUUUUGUAAUUUUAUAUUUCUUAUAUUUCUAAACUAAUAAGAUAUCAAGAAAUGCAAUUAAUGUUAAAAUUUCAAGAAAUGCAAAAAUGUUCUUGAAGUUCGUAAUUUUGCAUUAUUAGUUGACAAAAAUAACAUUGAAAUAUUAAAAAUACAUUUUUUUGAAACAAAACGCUACAAGAAAAAAUGCUUUUAUUAGCGGACGAAAAACGCAAUCUAACGAUACGUUAGCAGCUUAUGAAGCGCUGUAUCAUCGCCCGGCAUAGUAGGUAGACACAUUAGAUAGCGGUUUUUUACACUGAUAUCUUAUUGUUAUAUAUUAUAGCGCUUUUGUGUAUGCAAUUAAAUAUUUUUUAUAGUUUCAUUUUCGUUAUUAUUAUCUUAUUAAAUAAUAAAAAAAAAUUAAAAAUUACAUAUCGAAAUAGCAAUUUAUAAAUUAAAAUUGAUUUAUAAUUAAAAUUAAUUUAUUAAUUAAAAUUGUAUUACAAAAACGAAACCCAAAAUUAAAAAGAAGCCUAAACCCAGAUUAAAAAAUAAACCUAAAUCUAAUCUUCUCAGCCGCAUGUGUUGUCUUCUCCCAUCCAGCGCCGCAUCCUGUUCUUCCUUUUGUGUCUUUGUCGUCUCUCUUUCUCCACCUCUCUUCUUCUUCUUGCUCGGCUUCACCUCCACCACCACCGCUAGCUUCCUUUGCCAUCUUAAGAAUCAAAUGAAAGUCUCAGAACAGAACACGUGAUUCACUAAUAAAAUCCGAGGAUACAUCUUAAAAGAACAAUCCAAACUUCACCUGUGUAAUCCUGACAUUGGCUUUCCAAAAAAAAAGGAAUCAUAACUGACAUGGAUAAACA